CCGUUGGCAAGUCAAAUGAACCUUGUGGUUGGCCUUGCUUUCCUUUCCGGACUGGUCAAGUAUAUUGAAAUGGUACGACCCCAGUUCGCCAAUCAGUCCAUCGGUCAUUGCCGGGGAUGCGUUCCAAACGCCUACAUAACUUUGAACCACCGUUACAUGAACAAAAACUGGAAGAAGGAAGAAGAAGAAUUGGAAUCCUUCCUGUAG